AUGAGCAGCGAUUCCGAUAACGACCUCGAGGCCUUUUUCGCUGCUGUCAAAAAGAAGGACGACUACAGGCGUUAUAAAGCGCCAGUAAACAAGCAUAAACGACCACCAAGGAGCGUCAACGUGGAUUGGGGAAAAGUUGAAAUUCCAAAAAUGAGUAGACCUACCUACGGCUCUGAUUCCGAGUCCUCGGAGGCCGAAGAAGUAUCGCCAAGCAAACUUAGACACACUUCAAUCAUGAGGGAUGAUAGCAGCUUCUCAAAAAUGAAGAACACGGGAGCUAAAGUUCACAGUAGAGUCAAAAAGUGUGCUCAAGCGAUCACAAAGGCAUCGAAUCUCAACGUAAAUUUCAAACCUGCCGCCUCUGAAUCAACGGAUGCACCCGCUUCAACAAGCAGUUCGUCUGGCAUCUUUGACACUCCACCGGCUAAAGAAAAGAAAACUCGAAAAGCAGAAGAAAAUCCGGUGCAGAAUCCCAAUACGGAUAAGAAGGGAAAUAAAAAGAAGAAACACGAGAAGAAAAAAAUGAUUGAAAUUCAGACGAAAACCAAGAGUAAGAAGCCCAACAUACAGGAAGCGAUUGAAGAAUUGCAAGAAAAUCAGGAAGGCAGAGGAACACCAGCUCCCGAAAUAAUAGAAAUAUUGGAUUCUGAAGACGAGCUUCGAAGCAAGUAUUCGUCUUUGGCAAAGGAAAAAACACCUGAGCCAGAUCAAGCCACGAAAAAGCGAAAAAUAAAAAAAGUCAACCGAGUGCCAAUCGUCAUUGAGGACUCCACUGAUGAUGAAAACGAAACCGAGGCAGAAAAAUAUCGGAAGGAGGUGAUUCGGCGAAGAAAAAUUAAAAUUCACGCUUAG